UAAGUGGACAUAAAAGCUGAAAAAACUCAGUGUUGUCCCAGCAUUGUGAAUACAUAUAUUGGCAUUAGUAAGGCAUAUACAAUAAAGUCCAGAGCAGUGGUGGAGCCAGACAGUUAUUAUAAGGGUGGCCAGGGUGAGACCAUUAUUCAUAUUGGGGUGGCACAAUCCAUUAUUAUUACUUUUUUAGCAAAUUGCUGUGGGCUGAUUAGUAAUUUUUUGGGGUCCUUCACGCUUAUCACUUAUAGGCGCGACUUUCAUGUAAAGGUGUAUGAGAACAUAUGAGCAUUAUAAUGAACUUUUUAUGUAACCCGCAUUUGAUUAAAACCUGCAACAGUUGCUUAAGUUCUGCUUUUUUAGCUGUUGAUAAAGCGCACAAGGAAUUUGAAUCUCAUGAUGUAAGUACACUCUUAUGUCCAAAAGACUCAGAAGAUCCACCGCAUUGAUGUAUCACACAAUGUCCAUCCAGCCUUUUGAUUCUUUCUUUGUUUUGGCUGCAGGUUCUGGGUCUGUCUUUACUGUUCAGCAGUUUGUGCCACUUGUUCCCACAGUUCUUUAAAGUAGAUUUCAUGCCUACAGUCUUUAACAGUCUGCAAAAUUAGAUAUACUUUUUAAUUACAAUAAUACAAAAUUGCUGAGUUUGUACAAAAUCUGUUUUCUGCUUGGUUAGAAUGACUUGGUUGUGUGUAGGUGAAUGGAGGAUGGUUGCACUGUGGGGAAAACAGCAGUAGAAUGAUGGUUCUUCCUUCUGCCAGAAUGAUAGUAGUUAUUGGAUGCAAAUCUAGUUCUACGAGUACCUCUGAUGGGUUUUUAGUAUUGGUUGUGCGGGGUGAUCAGACUUAAGUCUACUGGCCAUGUUAAUUAGGACAGGAGCCAAGGAGUAAGUAAAGUGACUUACUGUAAUUAUACAACCAAAUAAUUCCACGUGAGGGUCAGGGUGGAUAGAUGGGUUGACAAAACACAGGAUGUUCCUACUUCAUACUGAUAAUCAUCCAUCUUUUACCUGUAAUGAUUCCCUAAUCUUAAUUGUUGUCAUAAUGACAAUGUAGGACUCAUAUUUCAACCCAUGCCUUGAUCUUUAUUGAAUCCUAACCAAGCUGCUAGCUCGUGAGGCUCACUCCCUGAUGUGCAGCAUGACUGAAACAAUUGUCGUUUUACAGGCAAACUUCUAGCUUCUUUCAAUUCACCAUCAGAUGCAGCUUCACUAUAAAGAACCAGCAGCUCAGAAUGCGGACAGAAAGUUAUUGUAUCCACAGGCUCUGCUACCAUAUAAAGACAAAUUACAGCAACUUAACUAUUACUGUGGCUUUGCUGGAAACUAUGUUUUGACAUAACAUAUUGCAUAAAACAACACAAAGAAAGAGAAGUUAUUUAUCUUCACCAGAGAAAGAAGAGGAAGAUACUAUUUGGGCAGAUUUUGCACUGAUUUAUGUUCAGCACAAGAAUUUGCAGCAAGCUAGUUCUUUACUGAAGGCCUAUUUUGUGCCACAGUCACAGGGCUGGUCAGAAAAACAAAAAAAAAAAAAAAAGGAGCAAGAAAAACAAUUUCCUCUUAUUAUUCAGUAGGAAAGAUGAAGCUUCUCAGGUGGACAUAUAGCAGAAUGUGAUAACUGGUUUAAAGUACGCUGCAGUAUUGCAUCAUAAGAACAAGAUCACAACAGUUUCUUAAUAAGAGAUUGCAUAGUUAAACCUAAGAACUAAAAUAAAUGAUUGGUCUUGGUUUUCUCUUCAUUAAACAACUGCCACUGCAGAUAUAUCAACAAUACAGAUUUACAGUCCUUCACAAAACAAAUGUAUUUUAUGCAUUACAAGGUAGAAUAGUAAUAAAAAAGCACUACAAUAUGGCCAAUUAAGUUACAAAACACCUACACUAGGAAAUGUAAUUGAUGUUGGAUUGUUGUUUUGCUGUUUAAGGUUGAAAGUUUAGAUUCCCAAACAUAUGCUGUGUAUGAUACUUGUGGUUUUGGUGAUAUCAUGACUGUGUUAAAAAGGGGAAGUCUUAGAAGAGCAAUAAUGCUCAACAGACUGGAAAAAAAAAAAAAGCUUCCUUAAAGCUUCCUUAAAGCUAACACAAAGAGGGAAGGGGGUGUCAUUUCGGCAGUGACCACUGGAGAAACAAGUGCAGGAGAACAAGACAGAAAGAGACACUGAGUGUUUCAGACAUCAAAUGAGGAUGUUUGCUCUCAUCUGGACAACUGCGCUUCUCUUUGUUACAGGCACACCAGCUGAAAACCAGCACUGUGUAAAUGGACACUGUGUCACCCUCACUGAGGGAGAACUAGCAGCAGAGGUUGGACUCUGUGUUGUCAUUCCGUGUUCUUUCACCACUGCUUCUGACUUCACAAUCCGAGCUAUAGUUUGGUACAAAUGUGAGACAACUAAGAAAACAUGUGGUGAUUCUGACAUGAUAUUUCACUCCAACAACAAAAACAACAAAAAUCUUCAGGCCAGAUUUCAAGGAAGAGUGUUACUGUUGGAGCCUGAUUUGAGACGAAAUGUCUGCAGCAUCAUAAUAAAUGACCUCUGGGAGUCUGACAGUGGAUCUUAUGAGCUCAGAGUUAAGGGUUUGCUGAAUGGGACAGCAGAAGAGAUUUUAUUCUAUCCAAGAGCAACUGUCUCUGUUAAAGGUCUCACUCAGAAACCCUCAGUGAUGAUUCCUGCACUGAAAGAAGGAAAGCAAGCCAUACUGACCUGCACUGCUCCUGGUCUCUGCUCUGGAUCUCGGCCUAAAAUCUCCUGGACGUGGACAGAAGCAGGAGGGAAAGAAUCUGACAUUCCAAGAAGCAUCAUUUCUUUCAGAACUGAGCAUCUGACUGCUGUGACAAAGAGACACAGAUCAACUCUGAACUUUAGCCCUUCUGCUGAACAUCACGGUACCAAGAUCACCUGUAAGGUCAGCUUUAAAAGUGGAACAACUACAGAGAAGACUUUGACUUUGAAUGUGAACUAUGUGAAGAAAGUUCAAAUAAGUGGGAACAGGAGCCUGAAGAAGGGUGAGACUCUGAACCUGACCUGCAGUGUGGAAAGUUUCCCUCCAUCCUUUGUUGCAUGGACAAAACGCAAUUGCAUGGGCAGCCUGAUCAGAAACCAAAGAUCAUCCACACUUGUCAUUCCUGACGUGAGAGCAGAACAUUCUGGACAGUACGUCUGUGAAGCAAUGUACAUGGAAAGGCCUCUACUUUCAUAUGUUAACAUUACUGUGGGAUUGGAUCUUGCGAUAAAUUGUGGAUCUUGCCGUCCAGUUCUUCCCUGGGUUGUUGCCGGUGUGUCGCUCAGUGUAAAUGUUCUCGUCAUUAUCCUCAUAUCUUGCCUUUGGAACUCCAGAAAAAAGGUGAAACCAAAUCAAGAGGACAGAACUUACAUGUCACUGCAAAGAACAGACACAUCUCCAGAGUAUGAGGUCAUUGCUCAGCGUUGAAACUAGCAAAUCAGUACCAGCUUCAUGAAAAUCAUUCAGAAACCCUCAGUGAUGGAUUUUUUGCCUUUACAAAUGUAUGUAAUCUAUUUUUUUGUUGUUGUUGUGGCUCUGCUCACAUCAUUUUAUUCAUUUAUUUUCUGCAUUAGAGUUUCAACAACGCUGUAUUUACAAAAUCUGUGAGAGUACAUUUAGUUGAUCAGUUCAACAUGUAACAUCUCUUGAUAUUUUUACUGUGCUUAAAUGUUAAUUUUCAUUCUAAUAUGUUGUUUUGCAUUGUAUAGUGUGAUGCCUUGAUUUGCAUUGAAUAAACUGUAAUUUGUCCAACACUA